AUGCCCGACCACGCCAAAAUCCACACCAUAACCUUCGGCACCGGCCACCAGAUCUUUGAAUCCCUCAUCCUCCCCGCCAUCGAGAAAGCCGAACACGAAGUCCUUUUUGUGACUUGUUUCCUCGUCCCUUCUCAUACUCUCGAAGCUUUCAACAACUCUUUGAGGAAACUUGGCCGUCGGAUCGUAGCAGAAAAUCGAGGAGAAACUGGAACAAAUGGGAGAAAGAAGAUCAAAAUUCGUAUCGGGUUCUCGUCUUCGGGGGGAGUUUGGGAGAAGGUGGUUGAUACUUGUAGUAUUUCUUCUUCUUCUUUGGGGGAGGAAUGGAGGAGGAAACUGGGAAUUUUGGAAGGAGGUGAGGGUGAGGGUUUGGAUGUUCGGAUUCAGAGGAAGUUUUUUUUCCCUUUUAGUGUUUGGCAUUCGAAAUUUGUGGUUGUGGAUCGGGAGCGGGUGUUCUUGCCGAGUUGUAAUGUUUCUUGGGAGGUUUGGUUGGAAGGGAUGAUUGUGGUGAGUGGGGGAGGGGUUGUGGGCAGAUUUGUGGGGUUUUGGGAGGAGAUGUGGGGAUGGGAGAGGGAACAGCAAGGGGAUAGGAGGGAGGAGGAGGAGGAGGAAGGGGAUGUUGAGUGUGAAUUUUUGCCUUCGCCACAUCACCGGAAUCCGAGAUUUGCGUUACUUCCGUGGCGGAGUUUUGAGCCGCCUCCGGAUACGCCGUUGAAUUUGAAGUUGUUGGAAUUUUUCGCGACGGCCAAGGAGAAGGUUUAUCUUCAGACUCCGAAUGUUACGUGUGCUCCGGUUUUGGAGGCUUUGCUAGGGGCUUUGAGGAGAGGUGUUGAGGUUAGGGUUGUUACGAGUGAGAGGCUUAUGAUUUUGGAGCAACUUGUCACGGCGGGGACGACGACGGAUCGUUGUAUGAGGUGGCUGGUAAGGCGGUAUAAACGGCUUGCGCAAAAAGGGCCGGAUGAAGAGGCUGGACUUAUUAAGCUUGGCAGGCUUCAUAUCGAGUACUAUGUGCCACGAGAGAAUUCGAGUGAUGGGGGCAGCGAGCCGGUGCAGUCUCAUUUGAAGCUUACGGUGGUGGAUAAUAGUGCUGUUGUGUUUGGUUCGGGUAAUAUGGAUCGUGCUUCGUGGUAUACAAGCCAGGAGCUGGGUGUGGCUUUCUACUCUGAAGCACUGGUUACGGAGACAAUGCAGAGUCUGCAGGCGGCAUUACUGGGCAGGACGAAGUUGGUCUUUGAUAGCGAGGCUGGUGAAAACUGA